AUGGCUAUCCUCAAGCCCGUCACUCGCCCCGCCAGCUCCAUCCGCGUUGAACGCACACCCGAGGACAAGAAGGGUCCUCUCAAGCCCUCUGGCGGCGGCAUCAAGAAAACCUCGGCCAAAGCUUCAUCAAGCAGUGCCCUCUCAUCCUCUCGUCCAAUCACCGGCCCACUCUCUGGUCCCAUCUCUAGUCCACACACGGGCCCAUCAUCCACCGGCUCGUCUCCCAAUCUCUCAAAAACCACCAAGACGUCCCAGACAGCCACCAAGGCCGUCCAGCAACCCAAGAAGCCCAAGACGGUCAAUGUCUUGCGCAACGUUCGACGCAGCAAGAAGCUGGUCAAAGCCGGGUCCAUCCCCGGGCUGAUGCCAAUCUCGAGCUUCGGGUCGAUCGCCUCCGCAAUGCGGGCUACUCUCGCGGAGACUCAAUUGAGAGAAAAGCAAUCCUCCGGUUGUUCUCAGGUGACGCAGUAAAUAAUACUGGCAUGGAGCA